AUGGAGACAGUUGAGGUUCGCAGUAAGGAUCUGUUAGUGCGUUGGUUGAAGGUUAAGGAGAACUCGGUGAUCAGCUGGCAGGUCCAGCCAAAGCGAAAGAGUAUCCGUUACGCCAUCUAUCGUAAACCGGGAGACGGAGACGACAAGAAUCAACAUGGAAAUGAAACGAAGACUGGGAUGACAGGUAUUGGAAAGGGACGUCUCGCCGCUGCCGGUUUGGUGCCCUUCUACGAAGGCACUCGCUGCAUGCCAGACAAGCCUCACACAGGAUCAGUGCUCGUGAAGCAGGCAGGACUUUAUGCUUUUGUUUUGGACAACACGUUUUCAAAAAACACUGCAAAAACGGUAACAUUCAUUUUAACCGUUCAGUGUCAACCUACUUUACGUCCGGACAUGUCUACGAAUGAUGUCAAGAACCAAUUGUUGAGUGGUAUACUACUUAAGAAGCGCAGAAAGAAGGCACAGGGUUAUGCUCGUCGAUUUUUCGUUCUGAAUGUGACUGAAGGAACGCUUACCUAUUACGCUACGAGUCAUUCUUCCGCCAUGCGUGGAAAAAUUCCGGUUGGCAUUGCUGUCAUAAGCGUGUCUGCCGACACGCGGGAGAUUAACGUUGACACGGGGGCGGAAUUGUGGAACCUGAAGGCGCGCAGUGUCCAGGACUGGCGUCGCUGGUGCAACGCUAUCGAGCGAACGAAGGCGCUGCAUUCCGCAGCUGCCGUUCCGAGUUCUACCGAGUACACACGUGAAUCUGCUUUUAAGCAACUCAGUUCUAUUCACGCUCGUCUUCGUGAGUGUGUUGAUAUUGCUCACACUUACCGCCGGGCUCAACAAUCCAAGGUCUCCAUCUCGCCUAGUAUUCCAGACAUCCGCAUCCAUCUAUCCGACGAAGCUAUCGACUCGCAUGGUAGCGAGAAUCCCUCGUCGCAACCGAACAACUCCACGUCCGAUCCAAACUCUCAGGGAAGUCGUGUUGGGGAUAACACAUCUGCUGGCAUCGUAUUGCGCCGGGUAACUCGCUUGCUGAAUUCAUUGUUGCAUGAAGUAGAGUGUUUUGUUCAGCAUUACGAAUUUCAUCGCGAACUCGCUGGUCAAGCAAGCCCAUUGUCUCGUAACUCGAUUGAUUCUACCACAAGUGAUUCCUGGUUUGAUGCCACUGAUUCUGCAAGUAUCAUGCAGGUCACUCAUGACAAAGACUCAAUGACAAGUAGCAGUGAAGAUGCUGAGGAUGCUACCAAUUUUACACCAAACUCGUUGCAUAAAGAAUCUAGUGGUUCUGCCCAAGAAUCUGUAUCUAACACACUCUCUACGGAGUCAUCCUCGACGGAUUCGGAAUUGACAGAAUCUUCCUUUGAAAGCAGCCCGGAUCUGCAAACCGCACCACCUUCUCCUGACACUCUGGCAACUUCCUUUGAAGAUGAGACUCUUGUGUCUUCACCCUCUCUCCGUUCUUCCGUCACUAAGCAUUCAAGGCCUCUUGAAUCCUCACUCUCGGUCCGUUCUACUGUUCCCCCCAAACAACAACCGAAAGUCCCCGAAACAUUUGAGCAACAGCUGUUACGAACCAUUUAUCACAAUCAUCCUCUUCCUCCCUUACCUCAUGCUCGUGUUAAGCGACGUCAAACGAUUCCUGCCAUCACUGAACAGCCUCCAAGUAUGUUCCAGCUUCUUCGGAAGAACAUUGGAAAGGAUGUGUCUGCUGUUACUGUUCCUGUUGUCUCAAACGAGCCUUGCAGUUUGUUGCAGCGCAUUUCAGAGGACUUGGAGUAUUCUGAACUGCUAGACAAGGCGAAUGAAGCGUCGGCUGAUAUGAAGAUGUUCUAUAUCGUUGCAUUCGCUAUCUCCAAUUUUUCCAAUAUGCGGCAUAAGGAACGCAGUGUCCGCAAAGUAUUCAGUCCUUUGUUGGGAGAAACCUUUGAAUUGGUUCGUGAAGAUAAGAACUUUCGGUUUAUUGCCGAAAAGGUUAGUCAUAGACCGCUUAUUGUCGCGAGUCAUGCGGAAUCACCCAAUUGGGUUUGGAAUCAUUCUCCAAAACCCGUUCAAAAGUUUUGGGGAAAAUCUAUGGAACUGAAUACUCUUGGACCCGUCACCAUUAAGCUGGCAUGCGGUUCUACUUUCAAAUUCGUUAAGCCGUCAUGCUUUUUGAAAAAUGUCGCUAUUGGUGAGAAAUACGUGGAACCUUACGAUCAUUUAAUUAUUACGGACUUAACGACCCUUGAUAAGGCUAAAAUCCAGUUCAAAUCCGGUGGUUUAUUUUCUGGAAGAAAUGAAGAUUUUGUAGCGCAUGUUACUCGCAAAAACGGAACUACUGAUUCUCGCUUUAUGAAAGGAAAGUGGACUUCUCAUGUAUCUAUAUGCAGUUCAACAGACAAAUCCUAUGAGAAACGAAUCUGGAGUGUUGGAAAGCUUGUAAAUAAACCAGAAUCUCACUGUGGAAUGACUGUUUUUGCAUCCCAACUUAACGAAAUUACAAAAAUUGAGGAAGGAAUGCUUCCUCCUACCGACACUCGUUUAAGACCUGAUCAGCGUUAUCGGGAAAAUAACAUACUUGACAAAGCUGAACCCCUCAAGCUGGAACUUGAACAAAAGCAGCGCGAGCGUCGAAAGGCUAUGGAGAAAAACCAAGAGCAGUGGCAGCCCAAAUGGUUCAAACAGGUGUCAGACGAACAUCAUGAAGGCCCUGUUUGGCAAUUGACGCAGCCUGAUGAUUAUUGGCAAUCUCGAAUGAAACAUAGUUGGGGUCGAUGCCCUAAACUCUGGUAG